AUGGAUGUUUCGUCCCUUUACACGAACAUUCCACAUGUUGAAGGACGAAGCAAUAAACGCCAUCUAAUCUAUCUAUCUGUCUAUCUAUCUAUCUAUCUAUCUAUCUAUCUACAUAUUUUUCUUUCUUUCUUUCUUUCUUUCUUUCUUUCUUUCUUUCUUUCUUUCUUUUCCCUUUCUAAUUCUAUCUAUCUAUCUAUCUAUCUAUCUAUCUAUCUAUCUAUCUAUUUUAUUUCUUCUUCUCCACCCACUUACACUUUCUUUCUUUUUUUCUUUCUUUCUUGCUUGCUUGCUUUCUCAAAUGAACAUUCAUUGAUAAACGGGAAAGGUUACUUCCUUAGUCUCGAUUUUUCUUUCUUUUUUCAUUCUUUCUUUCUUUUUCUUUCUUUUUUUCUUUUUUCAUUCUUUUUUCAUUUUUUCUCUUUUUCGUUCUUUCUUUCUUUUUUCCUUCUUUUUCCUUUCUUUCUUUUGUCUCAUCUUGUGCCACUCUUUUUUUAUAUUCUUUCUUUUGCUCUUCUUUCUUUCUUUUUCUCUUUCUUCUUUCUUUAUUUUCUCUUUCUUCUUUCUUUCUUUUUCUCUUUCUUCUUUCUUUCUUUUUCUCUUUCUUCUUUCUUUCUUUUUGGCAAUUAUUAUUUUUAUCAACAGCCCUUUUUUAUCCAUUUUCUUUCUUUCUUUCUUUCUUUCUUUCUUUCUUACUUUCUUUCUUUCUUUCUUUCUUUCAAUCUGUUCCUAUUUAUCUCCCCCAGUCAUUUUCUUUCUUUCUUUCAAUCUGUUCCUAUCUAUCUCUGCCAGUUAUUUUCUUUCUUUUCUUUUCUUUCUUUCUUUCUUUUUUUUCUUUCUUUCUUUCUUUCUUGCUUACUUUUCUUUCUUUCUUUCUUUUUUCUUUCUUUCUUUCUUUUCUUUCUUUUCAAUCUGUUCCUAUCUAUCUCCCCCAGUCAUUUUCUUUCUUUCUUUUCAAUCUGUUCCUAUCUAUCUCUGCCAGUUAUUUUUCUUUUUCUUUCUUUCUUUCUUUCUUUCUUUCUUUCUUUCUUUCUUUCUUUCUUUCUUUCAAUCUGUUCCUAUCUAUCUCCCCCAGUCAUUUUCUUUCUUUCUUUCAAUCUGUUCCUAUCUAUCUCUGCCAGUUAUUUUCUUUCUUUCUUUCUUUCUUUCUUUCUUUCUUUCUUUCUUUCUUUCUUUCUUUCAAUCUGUUCCUAUCUAUCUCGCCCAGUCAUUUUCUUUCUUUCUUUCAAUCAGUUCCUAUCUAUCUCUCCCAGUCAUUUUCUUUCUUUCUUUCUUUCUUUCUUUCUUUCUUUCUUUCUUUCUUUCUUUCUUUCUUACUUUCUUUCUUUCAAUCUGUUCCUAUCUAUCUCCUCCAGUCAUUUUCUUUCUUUCUUUCUUUCUUUCUUUCUUUCUUUCUUUCAAUCUGUUCCUAUCUAUCUCUCCCAGUUAUUUUCUUUCUUUCUUUCUUUCUUUCUUUCUUUCUUUCUUUCUUUCUUUCUUUCAAUCUGUUCCUAUCUAUCUCUCCCAGUUAUUUUCUUUCUUUCUCUCUUUCUUUCUUUCUUUCUUUCUUUCUUUCUUUCUUUCUUUCUUUCUUUCUUUCAAUCUGUUCCUAUCUAUCUCUCCCAGUCAUUUUCUUUCUUUCUUUCUUUCUUUCUUUCUUUCUUUCUUUCUUUCUUUCUUUCUUUCAAUCUGUUCCUAUCUAUCUCUCGCAGUCAUUUUCUUUCUUUCUUUCUUUCUUUCUUUCUUUCUUUCUUUCUUUCUUUCCAUCCUUAUUUUGUAUUCCAAAACGCACCAUUUUUCUCACACUUCAUUUGCAACCCCAUUUUUUUAAAAAUCUCUCUCUCUCUCUCUGUCUCUCUCUGA